AUGACUCGUUCUGAAACCAAGCUGCUGCUGCAGCUAUUCAAUUAUGCAAAUCACACUUCAAAAUCAAUGAAGUCAGGUGUUAUUGACGGCGCAUUAGGGUUUCUUAAUGCAGUAAAAGUUGCAUUUCAAAAUAACAUUCAAAAGUAUGAUCAGUUUUUAAAAGUCCUAAGAGAUUUCAGUGCUAAAAGAAUUUAUAUAAGUCGUGUCAAAUCAAAAUUGAAGAUGUUGUUUAAAGGGCAUAAAUAUUUAAUUCUGGAAUUCAACUCUUUCGUGCCGAAGAAACAUCAAAUCAAACUACUUUCAUUAGAUAAUGGUGAACUUGCUGAACUUCCUUGGGAUGUGCUUGAUAUCAUUUGCGAAAAACUAGAUUUUGACGACCUCUUUUCGUUUCCUGGUGUUUGCAAGAACUGGUGGACUUUCCAUAAAUCAAAUUUCUUGUCAUCCCAAGAACCAUUGCUUGUUCGUUUGACUGGUUAUCAUACCCACUCAUAUUCCUUUAUUAGCAUACACAAUAAAAAAGUUUAUGAUUUGAAGAUGAUGAAUUGCUUCCAGCACCCCAAAUGUGUCUAUGUUGGAGUUUCCAGCGGAUUUUUCAUCUUCGCCCGUGAAAAUAAUUCAUUUGUGCUAUUCAAUCCAUUUAGAAGAAAAGAAUUGGUAAUCCAUGCUACUUUUACGGUUAAUCAUAUGACAAUUUAUCAGUACCAAGCCUUGCUUGCUUUUGAGAAAUGCUCCGAGGAAUAUGUCUUGGUUCUUUUAUGCAAAGAGUCUAGCCGUUUGUAUGCCUAUCAAUCUCGAUACUCUCGUUAG